AUGGGCAAGAAGCGUUUCAUAGACAAGAAACGGGCGAUCAGCUUUCGUCUGGCACCUCGAAGUCAAAAGGAUCCGCUGAUCGUCACAGAUGCCAGUGCGUACGUACUAGCUCCUCUGAGCGACGACUUAAAGUCUGUCAGUCUCAAAGACCCGGAACUGCCUUCUGAAAAGCGGCUGGCAGAGCAACACAAAUACGGCAUAUAUUUCGAUGAUGACUACAAUUAUUUGCAACAUCUGAAAGACGUGAAUGAAGUGGAAGUCUCCGAAUUUGUCGAAGAGCGCUAUCGUCUGUUUCUGAACGGCACUGCGGUAGACGCUGGAAAAGACAUUGCCACUGAACAAAAUCUCAAGCUUCCGUCGUCGCUUUUUGAAAAUAGUGGCAUGAGGCUAAAGAUCGGUCUUUUAAAUCAAGCUGCACCUCAGCCAGGUCCACAUCCAGAACUUGACUCAGAUAUAGUCGCGUUGUUGGACGAUGAAGUAAGCGACACCGAGGUCCGAAAUGAUUUGGAGGACGAUUUCGUCCUGAAGGCGAAUGCACCCUGUUUAAGUGACGGCGACGACGAGCAUUCGAAUGGUGAAGAUGAAGCUUCUGAGAAAAACGAACAUCAAUGCCAAAUGCGAAACAGAGCGGAAUCCGAAGUUGAAGCAGGUAGUGAAAAGUCGUUUAUGAGUGAUGAAGUGAAGUCUCGGUUUACCAACUACUCGUUGACAUCGUCGACCAUUCGACGGUCUGAAGGCUUAAAAAAGAUUGAUGAAAUGUUUGAAAAGAUAUAUGAGCAGUACGAUGAAGAAGAGAUGGGCGAUCUAGAAACCAGUACGAAGAUCGAAGGCUUCAUCAGACCCAACAGCGAGAGAAUGCUUAGUCUCGUUGAAGAUUACCAAGAAAAGCGAAAGUCAGAAACGUUAAGAAGAUGGAAGGCGGAAUCGCAGAGGGAGCACCUGGCGCUCGAUCGUGUGGCGUGGAAAACGGCGGUGCGAGACGUAGCUUUAGCCAGCUAA